AUGUCGACCAGCAAAGAUGAAGAUGAAGUACCACCUCCUCAACGGCCGCCCUCGCCCCCUCCACACAUGGCCUUUGCUGCUCGUGGUCUAAUUCCUCCAAACUUUGCAUCGUUCAAGCCCAGGGAUUACAGGAUGCAGCAAUCGCACCCUGUAACGCACGUCGCCUGGAGCUGUGAUGGAAAGAAAUUUGCCGCCGUUGGCUUAGACAAAUCAACCAGAGUGUGGAAUCCCGAGAAGAGUAUGGAGCUCAGGGCUGCGACGCUGUACUCGGGUGCCCACUCUGACGACGUGGACUACAUCUCUUGGAACCCAGCUCAUCCUGAGCUGUUCUGUACUUCCAGUCAAAAGGAUAGACGGAUUGUAUUCUGGGAUGCGCGACAAAGUCGGAGCGUGCAAUCAGUCUCACUUAAGGUGUCUCCCCAGCAAACCAGUUACGCGCCUGAUGGCCGCACACUCCUCUACACUUCGGCAGGCCAUCAGCUUUGGUUCAUGACACUUAACCCCGGGGCCGAUGGAUCGACCAAGGAACAAUGGCAGAUGUCUGACAAGGAACCGAUGACCGGGUCAACGGCCAUGUUCAACCAUACGGGCGAUGGUGUUAUCAUAACCCACCACUCAGAGCACUCAAUUCGAGUAAUAGAUUACCCAUCCAUGGCGGUUCGAGAGACACCCGCAGCACAUGUAGGUGGAUGUGUCGCUGUUGCGCUAGACCCGCGAGGAAGAUAUCUGGCAUCUGGCGGCAUCGACUCGAUCGUGAACAUGUUCGAUCUUUCCGAGUGGAUAUGUGCUCGUACAAUCACGUCCUGCGAGCACGCAAUCAACGCUCUCAGCUUCUCUCACGAUGGAGAGUUCCUCGCCAUUGCCAAUACUGGCAAUUACAUCGAUAUUUGCGCCACGGAGACUGGAAUUCCUUUGCACCGAGUUCCAGCACUGGCUUCAUCGCCCACUGUGGCGUGGCACCCUUCGAAAUAUACGAUCGCGUAUUGCGGGCAGAUCAAACCCCGAGAGGGAGGACCUCCACCUGUAGGAGUAAUCAGCAUGUUUGGUGUUGACACAUAG